AUGGGCCGUCCGAAGCGCAACCUCCAUGCCGUCGAGGCCGAAACCCUCACGCCGCCCGACGCCCUGACGCCGGCGCAGACGAUCGCAAAGGUGUCCAAGGCCGAGGGCAACAACCUCUACUCCGUCGAGCUUCCCGACAAGACGACAACGCUGGCCGAGCUGAACGCCAAGUUCCGCAGCACCAUCUGGGUCAAGCGCGGCACCUACGUCGUCAUCGACGCCGGCACUCUGGCUGAGCGCAACAACAAGCUGGGCGGCGAGAUCAUCAACGUCGUGCGCGACGAGAAGGCGUGGCGGAAGAUGAGCUACUGGCCGCCCGAGUUCAAGAAGCAGUCGGCCUACCCCGAGGACAGCGACGACGAGGAGUCGACCGUUGGCAAGAUGCCGCCCUCGGAUUCUGAAGACGACGAGUGA